AUGCGUGUUUCUGGAUUGCUCCCUUUCAUCCUGGCCGCUGUCCCGGCAGUGGUCUCAGCCCGUGGUACUCUGGGCUUUUCUCUCGGUGACAAGAACGCCGAUGGAACCUGCAAGUCUACUAGUGACUACGAGGCCGACUUCGACGACCUGAAGGACCUGGCUACCCUCGUCCGCACUUACUCUGGCACCGAAUGUGAUACUCCUCAGAACAUCAUUCCCGCCGCUAAGAAGAAGGGUUUCAAGGUUGUGUUGGGUAUCUGGGUUGGUGCACAGGACAAGAGCGAUAUGGGAACCAACGACGCGUCCUUCCAGAAGGACUUUGCCGCUCUCCAGAAGGCCAUUCCAGGCAAUGAGGAUGUUGUCGAGGCUAUCACGGUCGGCUCUGAGACCCUUUACCGCGGCGACUUGACUGGUCCUCAGCUACACAACUACAUCGGUGUUGUCGCCAACAAGUUCCCUACCGUUACUGUCGGUACCGCCGAUAGCUGGAACAAGUUUGCCGACGGAACCGCUGAUACCCUGUUCACUACUAACACCAAGGCCAACCCGCUUGUCAAGUAUGUGCUCGCCAACGCCUUUGCCUACUGGCAGGGUACCGCGGCCGAUGAGGCCCACAAGACCUACUUUAGCGACAUGUCCGGUGCUAUUGAACACAUCCAGAAGGUUGCUGGUGACAACGCUGACAAAAUCCGUAUUAUCACCGGCGAGACCGGCUGGCCUACUGAUGGUGGCUCCGACUACGAGUCUGCCCUUGCUGGUACCAAAAAUGCCGAGACAUUCUGGAAGAAGGGCAUCUGUGGCAUGCUUGCCUGGGGCACCGAUCUUUUCUACUUUGAGGCCUACGAUGAGUCCUGGAAGCCUGACAGCGUUGGUGACAAUGGCAAGGCUAUGGAUGAGAAGCACUGGGGUUUGCGCACUGCAUCCCGCCAGAGCAAGUUCGACACUUCGUGCCCUCACUAA